GUUGGAUAGAGGCUCCAUCCUCCUGGCACCAGUGGCUCCAGUGCACAUCUUUAACCAUCGAGUCUGGGGCAUACUCAAACAUAGUAGCUAAAGUUGGACUGUUUUUGACCAGAUUGAGCAGUUGGCACUUGAUCCGGCAGCCAUGAGCAGCAAGCAGGUGCAGCAAUGCCCGGGAUCUAUGUCUCCAUCCAAGCGCCAGAAACCCCCGAGGAUGCCCAAGUGCUCCCGCUGCAGAAACCACGGCUAUGUGUCUCCUCUGAAGGGACACAAACGGUUCUGCAACUGGAGGGACUGCCAAUGUCCAAAAUGUAAGCUUAUAGCAGAGAGGCAGAGAGUAAUGGCGGCCCAGGUCGCCCUGAGACGGCAGCAGGCUCAAGAAGAGGAGCUUGGGAUUUGUGGUCCGGUAUCUCUGAGCGGUCCCGAUGUGAUGGUUAAGAAUGAGGCUGGGGCAGACUGCUUAUUCUCCCUGGAGGGGCGAGCCCUGACACCCACCAGCACCUCCGCUUCUUCUCUUGCCGUCACAGGGGGUCACUCGGGUCUGUCCCCCAGCCUCUCAGCCGGGGCCCGGGCUCACACCGAGGAGACCUCAGACCUGCUGAUGGAAACUUCAUAUUACAACUUCUACCAGCCUUCACGAUACUCCGCCUACUACGGAAACCUCUACAACUACCAGCAAUACCAGUGGUGCUUGGCUGUCAUGCAGGUGGAUGAUGAUAAUAUAAGGGUGGUGCAGAGCUUCCAGACAGGAGAUGGUGCCAGAUAA